AUGGCGUGGGGUCUUGACACGACGCCGACGUCGACGCGGGCGCCUAUUGCUGCUGACUCUACUACUGCCACUUCCAAUGCUUCUACGGCUACAGCUUUAUCUUCUUUUCCUUCUGCUAUGGGCAUACUAGGUCCCGCACCCGAGUCUACUGAGUCUAUCGACAUCUUUGAGGGUGUUACGCCUGUGGCAAGCGUAGAAUUGGAGGGUGUGGCGCUGCUGCAGAUCAUUAAGCACUGCCAUGAGAGUUUACCUGGUGGUGUAGCUGGAUCACUGCUGGGUAUGGUAAAAGCGCACGUGCUAGAGGUGACAAACAGCUUCCCGUCGCCGCCCAGCAGCGAGCGCAAGAAGGGUGCUGACGAGUACCAGUUGGACAUGAUGAAGAGUUUACGCGAGGUUGGAAUGGACAAUAACAAAGUAGGAUGGUAUCAGUCAGUGGCAAUGGGUACCUUUUGUACAGCCUCGUUUAUUGAGCAUCAGUAUCAGUAUCAGAAGACUCUGGGUCCAAAUGCCAUUUGCCUCAUCUACGACUCGGCGGAGACGUCCAAGGGUUCGUUCAGUCUUCGCGCGGUUCGUCUUACUAAGGUUUUUGUAGACACAUACAAGAGUAACGCUUUUACUAAGGAGAGCUUUGCUAUGAUUGACAUCCGCUCGGCUACGGUUGUGGAAGAAAUUCCCAUUGAGAUUCACAACUCGGACAUUAUCACAUGUUGGCUGCAGCAAACAAAGGACAGCGUCUUGGAAAAUAGUUUUGAGCGGCUGGACUUGUCUACUAAUGCUUACUUAGAAAGCAGUCUGAGGAACAUGACGCUUUGGGCUGAUGAGCUGGCACAAGAGCACUACAAAUUUCAAGGAUACGAGCGCGCAUUAUCUAAACAACGUGCUGCCUACCAGCAGUGGCAGAAUAGACAGCGUGAAGAGAACAAGAUUCGUCGUGAGAAUGGCGAAGAGCCUGUGCCUGAUGAGGAUUCUAACUUUUUCAAGUCGGUGAACCAACCCUCGCGUCUCGAGUCGCUCCUUAUUACUAAGCAGAUGAAUACGUACUGUGAGCGCAUCAACCGCUAUGCCGGAAAGUCUUUCCAGAAGCUGUUUUUGGCUGCUAAGAUUCACCAGAACGAAUGA